AUGGGAGAAGAGAACCAAUCCUCUGUGACUGAGUUUGUCCUCCUGGGCCUGUCCCAGGACCCGAAGACACAAGUGCUCCUCUUCUUCCUCUUCCUGGUCAUCUACCUGCUCACUGUGCUGGGAAACCUGCUCAUCAUCGUGCUCAUUCACGCAGACUCCAGACUCCACACACCCAUGUACUUUUUCCUUAGGAACUUGUCCUUUGCUGAUCUCUGCUUUUCCACCACUACAGUGCCCCAGGUGCUUGUCCACCUGCUGGUAAAGAGGAAAACCAUUUCCUUUGCUGGCUGCUCAACACAGAUAGUUGUUUUGCUUCUGGUUGGGUGUACAGAGUGUGCACUGCUGGCAGUGAUGUCAUAUGACCGGUAUGUGGCUGUCUGCAAGCCCCUGCACUACUCCACCAUCAUGACACAUGGGGUGUGUGUGUGGCUGGCUGUAGGGUCCUGGGUCAGUGGAGCUUUUGUGUCUCUGGUGGACACCACAUUCACACUGCGCCUGCCCUACCGAGGAAAAAACAUUAUUAAUCAUUUUUUCUGUGAGCCUCCUGCCCUUCUAAAGCUGGCUUCCGCAGACACCUACAGCACAGAAAUGGCCAUCUUUGCAAUGGGUGUGGUGAUCCUCCUAGCUCCUGUCUCCCUCAUCCUCACCUCUUACUGGAACAUCAUCUCCACUGUGAUUCGGAUGCAGUCUGGGGAGGGGAGGCUCAAGGCUUUUUCAACUUGCGGUUCUCAUCUUAUUGUUGUUCUUCUUUUCUAUGGCUCAGCAAUAUUUGCUUAUAUGAGGCCAAACUCCAAGGUAAUGAGUGAAAGGGAUAAAACAAUCUCUGUGUUCUAUUCAGCAGUGACCCCCAUGCUGAACCCCAUCAUUUACAGUCUGAGGAACAAGGAUGUCAAAGGCGCCCUCUGGAGAGUAACUGCAAAAUAG